GAGGCGGGCGGCCCAUCCUCCCGCCCUCCUUCGCGGGCUGCGAUGGGGUUAGGAGCGAGCGGAGAGGCUUAGCCCCGCUCCGGCCGGCCGGCCGCCGUCAGGCUACGAGCGGCGAGCCGUGAGCCAUGCACUCCGGGAACAGCACGGGCACGGCGAGCCGCCUGGAGCCCGCGGCGGCCGAGCAGGAGGCGCCGGGCGAGCGGCCCCUCUUCAGCGCCGGCACCUACCGGCUGCUGGCGCUGCUCAUCGCCACCAUCGGCAUGCUGGGAUUGUGCAACAACUUGCUGGUGCUGGUGCUCUACUACAAGUUCAAGCGGCUCCGCACGCCCACCAACCUCUUCCUCGUCAACAUCAGCCUCAGCGACCUGCUGGUGUCCGUCUUCGGCGUGAGCCUCACCUUCAUGUCCUGCCUGAGGAGCCGCUGGGUGUGGGACGCGGCCGGCUGCGUCUGGGACGGCUUCAGCAACAGCCUCUUCGGAAUUGUUUCAGUUAUGACUCUCACUGUUCUUGCUUAUGAGCGCUACGUUCGAGUAGUCCAUGCAAAAGUGAUUGACUUCUCUUGGUCUUGGCGAGCUAUCACAUACAUCUGGCUCUAUUCAUUAGCCUGGACUGGAGCGCCUCUUUUGGGCUGGAACAGAUACACACUGGAAAUCCAUGGAUUAGGUUGUUCAGUGGACUGGAAGUCAAAAGACCCCAAUGAUACCUCCUUCGUGCUCUUGUUUUUCCUUGGCUGUCUAGUAGCACCUGUUGGGAUCAUGGCCUAUUGCUAUGGCCAUAUUCUAUAUGCAGUGAGGAUGCUUCGCUGUGUAGAAGAUUUCCAGACUGUUCAAGUGAUCAAACUUCUAAAAUAUGAAAAGAAGGUGGCUAAAAUGUGUUUCUUAAUGAUUUCCACGUUCCUUAUUUGUUGGAUGCCUUACGCAGUGGUCUCCCUGCUGGUAACAUACGGCUAUGGCAACCUUGUAACUCCAACGGUAGCUAUCAUCCCAUCUUUCUUUGCCAAGUCAAGCACUGCUUAUAAUCCAGUCAUCUACAUCUUCAUGAGUAGAAAGUUUCGGCGAUGCCUUUUGCAACUCCUGUGCUUUCGCCUGAUGAGAUUCCAAAGGACUGUGAAAGAGACAUCAGCAACAGGGAACGACAAACCACUAAGACCAAUAGUUAUGUCUCAGAAAGUAGGGGACAGGCCAAAGAAGAAAGUGACUUUCAGCUCCUCCUCUAUCAUUUUUAUUAUCACCAGUGAUGACACUCAGCAAAUAGAUGACAACAGUAAACACAGUGGGACAAAAGUAAAUGUCAUCCAAGUAAAGCCACUAUAGGGAUGAGCUAAAGAGACAUUAGACUCUGAUGGUCUUCAGCCAGUGGACUGUUUGGACUAAAACUGGUUUCAGUGAUAGUGUCUGUGGGCUACUAAAGGAAACUAUAUUCAUAAGCUGUGAAGUACUGAAGAAAUUCUUCAUCUGAAGCCCUUCAGGCAGUUCAGUUGUGAUCACAAUACUGAAAUCUUUACAUCUGCACCUACCUUGUUGGUGGAUGUUUUUACUCCGAAUUUUCUGAAAGCGUAUCAUAGUGGUUAAUGGGUUGUACUCUAUCUGGAGGCCAGUAAGAAGUGGAGUACCACAGUGGUCUGUCUUGAGACCUGUCCUAUUUAACAUCUUUAUCAAUGACCUGGAGAAGUUGACAGUGCACUAUUGUCAAGUUUGAAGAUGACACCAAAGUGGGAGGGAUCGGUUGAUAGGCUGUAGGCUGCCAUUCAGAAGGAUCUGGACCAACAUGAAUGGGCCAACAGAAACCUUAUGAAAUUCAACAAGGACAAGUGUGAUGUCUUGCCCCUGGGAAGGAAGUACCGUGUGCAACAAUAUGGGCUGGAGCCUGACUGCCUGGGGGCAGUUCUGCGGAAAAGGACCUUGAGUCAUGUUGGGCAGGGAGCUGUGCAUAAGCCCGCAGUGCGCCCUGGCAGCAAAGAAGGGCAACAGCAUACUGGGCUGCACUAACAGGAGUGUAGCCAGCAGAGUGAGAGAAGUGAUUAUCCCCCUUAACUCAGUGCUUGUUAGACCACAUCUAGGUAGUGCAUCCAGUUUUGGGCUCCGCAGUACAAGACAGACAUUUACGAACUGGAAUGAGUUCAGCAGAGGGCCACCAAGAUGGUUGGGGGCUGGAGCACUUGUCCUGUGCGAAGAGCCUGGGGGAGCUGGGCUUGGUCAGCCUGGAGAAGAGGCGCCUUCAUGGAACCUAAUAGCAGCCUUCCAAUACCUGUGAAGAGAUUUUAAGAUGAUGGAGCCAGGCUCUUGAGGGCGGUGCAUGGUGGAAGGAUGAGAGACAACAGACAUAAAUUGAAACAAGAGAAGUUCAGACGGGAUAUAAGGAAAAGCCUUUUCACCCUGAGGACAGCCAAGCAGUGGAAAAGGCUGCCCAGGGAUGUUGUGCCAUUUCCAUCCUUGUAGAGUUUCAAGACCUGACUGGAUAAAGCCCUGAGCACCCUGGUCUGACCUCAGAGUUGACCCUAUUCUGAGGAAUGAGUUAGACGAGGGAUUCCUGAGGUCCCUUCCAACCUGAGUUAUCCUAUGAGUCUCUGAUCUGCAAGCACUCCCUGUGCACAGAGUUACUAGGAAGGAGGGAGGAAUGUUUAAAGUUGGCUGGGGUUUAGUUGGCCUGAGUCUGAGCCUUUUCAGACAAAAAGUGAUGUCCUCAAUUACUGGGGCUGUGGUUAAAACCAGAAGCCACCAGAAAGCUGCCCCUGUGUACUCUGCAAGCCAUUAUCUUGGUGCUACCUGGUGGGAACCCUCAGCUAUGUUGUGAGGAAAAUCAUACAAAUCAAAGCACCAAUGAAAAAAGGCCAGUGAAAAGAGAGAAUCAGAAGUUUUAUAUUACAGUAUAGUGCUUUAUGCAUCUUCCUUUUACAUCUUUUUUUUUUCUGUACGUGGAGUAGGAGCCUUGUCCGAUACUAAUCAUGGGUAGAUUGAACCUGCUGUGGCACUUCAGCAAAAGUAACAGAGAAGAGCAGGGUAGCUUUUUACUAAGUUGCAGUAUGAGUAAUAAUUGUCCUGCUUGGAGCUCAGUAGACAGAACAGAUGAUACAGAAAUUUUUUCUCACCUUUGUCAGUGUUGGUUGUUGAAAAUGACAACACGAUUCUACCCCAGACACAGCUACCUGCCAGUGUUGGAUUAGCGAGUUAGAGAACUACUUUGAAUUAUGGGGUUUGAUUCUCCACCACAUCCAUUACACUGAUGUUAUUCCUCUUUCUCAGUCUGAUAAAAGGGCAGUGUGCGUCUGUAACAUGCAGCUUUUUCAUCUUGGUGAAAGCUGUCAGAAAAGCAACUGAAAAUGAUUUGCUUCCGGGGGAAGCAAAUCUAAGAGAUACAAGAGGGACAUGCUGAAUAACUAUCAGCACCAACAACAAUUGACAUCGUGGCCAAGAAUAAAAAUUAAAAAAAUUAACAGUCCAAACACAGAAGCUUUCAGCUAGUUCCUGGGAGUAGUAAGUGACUUCAGCUCAGAACAAGUGACUGACUGUGUGUGUGCCUGUGCUUUUGAAGAGGCUAGUUCCUUAUACAUGCACCCAUCUAGAGCAUCAGCACUGCUAACCUGGCUCUGUGUGUCAUGUUUAAGAACACAUACAGAGUCCACUCUGUUUUCUAGAUUGAAUUAUAUCAUAUGAGAGAAACCAGAAGAUAAAUACUUGUCUGUGUUUCUUUCAUGUUUGUUAUUUUUGUUUUGCUACAUAUGCAUAGAUAAAUUGUCAUAUGAUUUCAAAGAGCUGCCCUUACAAACCUCAUUUAUCUCAGUGUCAAGAACUACAUCUUCAGCCAUUUAUCACUACAUUUAUGCACAUUUAUAUUUACCAAAGGGAGAAGGAUGUACUGUGUAACCAUGCAAUUCCUUAUAAUUCCACUGCAUCCUUUUAACAAGUUGUGAGAGUGAUAUUUUAGCAUUUUCUGUGUAUUAACCCUUUGAUGGGAGAUUACAUUUACAUUAUUUAUAUUAACAUGUUUUCAGUGAAGUAUUUUUUCCUACUGAGAGGGAGAUGAUUUAGUAUCACCACCUGUUGGAGACAGCUUAGAGGGUGUCAUUAGGUACUGGGAAAACAAUAGCAUUUCAAGAUUGCAGCUGAUUUUUGUAAAGAAUGAACAUACAGUGAAUCUCCUUUAAAGAGAAACUGUCUGCUGUUCAGAUUUUCUGAAGAUAAAAUUUUAGUAAUUAAUAGUAACAUUAUAUGAAAAGAUUUUAUAGUUGAUGUCAUACAUGAUACUUAUUGCAAUACACAGCACAAUUACAAUAUGUAAUGAUACAGGAAAAUCAAACAGUAACAGUUAUUGCAAAUUAGUUAUUUUAUCUGCUUUGUCUAAAUCAGUGGCCUGAAAUGAUAAACUUUAUAAACAGUUUGAAGUAAUUUGUCCUUAUAGCCCUGUAAAGUGUCACUAGCUUUAGAACAUGGGCAGUUAGAAUACUGCUGUCCUGUCUGCUCAUCUUUUAAGGUAGACUAGUUUCUGUGGUUAACUGCAGCACUGAUGCAAAAUUUGCAACCAGCUACAGAAUUUAGGAAUUGUAGUUGUCAGUCUUAGUGUAUCAUGAGGUUAUUUACAGAUUUGUCUUCUUUCUCAAUUUCAAGUCUUUCUUCAGUCUAUUUUGGAGUUGAGUCAUAACUGGUUAAUAUAUUCCAGUGGAGAUGCAGAGACUUCUCUGGAACCUUUCUCUUCCAUUACAGGCAAUGGAAUAGGAAGAUGAUCAUGGUACAUUUGGACGAUUAGCUUUUCCUAAAGUAACAGAAAUACAGACAAAGAAAGAGGGAAGGGAGAAGGAGAAAGUGUGAAAGGCAAAAAGAUGAGAUGAGAAGGGUACACUACAGAUAGAGGUUUUAAAUAAACUAGUUGAUAAGAACUUUCACGAUCCUUUCUUGCAAAGGAAAGUGACAGGCAUGGUGAGUACUAUGACAGCCUCAGAGCCGACUCCAUUCUUUUAACAAUGUUGUUUCAUUGAUUCGAGCAUUACUGGAAAAAAUGUAUCUGACAAUUUAGCUAGAAAGCUGUCUGUAACCCUGCAAAUGCAGGAGCCUCAGACAGUAAAAUUGACUCCCUGCAGCCCAUGCAUCAGGACUCCAUUGGGAGGCAUUUCCGCAUGUCCUGCAUGCUGCAGAAGGGAUCCCCUUGUGUGCUGUACUUCUGAGGCAACCAUGAAACCUGACAGUGCCUCUCCAUACUCCGGCCAACACAGGUGUUUCUGCUGUUGCCCUGGUUUUCAUGGAGGCUAGAAACUGAUGGCUCUGCGGUGCAGAUCUGCUCCACAGGCUUAUGGACUUUCUCCUUUUGCAGCUCCUAGAGGAAGCUAGAUUUAUGCUGAAUUUAUCUGAAUUUUUGCAGAAGAGCCAGUUUUUAUACUGCUGAGACAUAACUUUUUGUAGCAAUGAUUACAUCAGUCAGGAAAUCAGUUUUCACAAGCAUUAUCUAUUAGUGCUCCUGUCCUUUGCAUAACUGCAGUAAUAGAGGAUGUUGUUUCAUGCUAAAAUACCCCACAGCAACAGCUAAGUGAAGUGUAUAUUCAAGCACUGUAUUGUGCUAAACAAUCCAGAAAGAUCAGUCUUUAAUAAUACACUUACCCUUGGCUUAUAUAAACAGCCUUCAGCUCAAGAACAAAAUUUGACUAUAACAAUCAGAGGUAAAAGGAACAAAAAAAAAAUCUAGUAAUGAUGAUGGAAGAUUUCAGGAACUUGUAUUUGACCCACAUAUACUGGCUUAGUUUGAAAAUAUUGGUUGUUAGAUAUUUAAGAAUCUCUUUCAAGGAGUACAGGGUAUCUGCAGAAACUCAGCCUGUGCUGGAACUCACACAUCUGUUCUAGACAGAAAAACACUGUCAAGACUGAUGAAGCAGAAUGUGUGACAUGGAGUUUGGGAGACAGGGAAUUGGGAGCUCCAGUUUGGGAUGCUGAUGCAGAUAGGGGAUGGGAGCAUAAAAUGAGGUUUGUGGUUUGGGGGACUGAAGGUGUGAAGAAAGAGGAGAAGGAGUAGAGGUAUUCUUUCUCCUGUGCUUGAAGCACAAGGCUGGAAAGUGCUGGUGCCUUUAUGUUUGGCAAUACAAACAUCCACUAAUUUCAUCAAGAAUAGUAUCCAUUGCUGCCAAUAUGCUUUGGAAAGUCUCUUCUAUAAAAUCUAAGAACAGUGUAUCCGGCUGUUAGAAGAAAAAAUUUUGAAAAAUCAAGGCCCUAAAAUAUAACAAAGUAUUUUGGAAGGGACCACAAAGUGGAAGUCUGAAAAGCAAUUGGCUGGUGUUUUCAGACCUUGGUGAAUAAAACAGCAAUGGAAGAAGUGAUAAACAGUGUAGAGCUUUUCUUAUCUGUCUUUGUAGAAAAUUUGAAAAAAUAUGUUCUUUUCAGGUAAGAAAAGUAUAAAUUAAUACCUUUACGGAAAAGGCUCAAGAACAUAAAACAGAGCAACAGAUUUGGAGCCCUAGAUGGUGUGGACAGAAAGGCAGAGCACUGAAGCAUCUGAGAAUGACUUGAAUCCUGAGCAGCAAAACGUAUGUAAUAGGUUGAAACUAGAAGACGAAUGGACAGCUUGGGCGAUACAACUUGCAUAAUGGUAUUCUAUGGCAUUAAUGUAAACUGUACUGAGAGGUUAUGUAGUUUAUUUCACUGCAGUUAAGGAACCUAUACAACACUGAUUUUUUGACUCUCAUGAAGAGAGAGAGGAGGAGGAGGGGUUAGACUGAAACUGAGAAGAGUCCCAGAUGGCAGGGAUGACUGUUCCUGCUGCUAUUAAAGGUUGAGAGCUAGCUGCCCCUUUUGAAUUGGACUGGUACUUCCACAUGCCCUCCCUCCGUGGCAGCAAUAACAGGGUCAAAAGUGGGAGUAGAUGCAGCUGUUUAAAUUGCAAUAGCUAAUCUGCCUUUCUGUUGACAAAGGCAAAUAGAGCAGCCUUUCAUUCCCAAUUGUCUGACACCGGAGGCCACUUUGCCCUCUGCUUUGAUCUGGCACUGCAUGUAAUUUAUCCAGCCAAGGUUGAACAUUAUGAAUGCUUCCUCUCUCUCUCGUUUACCAGGUUAGUAUUGAAGAAUUACCUGUAUUGAAUUAAAGCUGAAGGGGAAAUGAAACUGAUUUUCACUACAAAUCAGCAUGCAGGUUAUUAGCUACAGAUGCAAUAUCAAACUUUUCCUCCCAUGUGGCUCUUCUACCAGUCGCAUUUCAGUUUUUUCAGCAGUGUUUGAGCUCCCUCCUGUGGCUAGUUCAGCCCCAAGGCCUACUGGCGGGAGAGCCUGGUUUCAUAAAAGCCUAUUUUCAUUACACAUUUCUGCUGCACGUGGGAAGAUUCACUGUUUCGUGUCUGAUUGUAUUUUAUUUAUAUUUCACAUACAUCUGUAUUUGACAAAUUAUGGGAUUAUAUAUAUAUAUAUGGAAUUAUAUAGGAAAUCCAGCACCUAUCACUCUUACAAUUCCAGGAGCUUAUGUGCAUAUUCUGGAAAAUACAUCCAGAUAGAUGGUUGGUUUAUAUAGAUAUAUAGCUAUGAUGCUGGAGCAGUGUAUGAAAGUAAUUCUAAAUCCAUUUUUUGAGUUGCUGAAACUUUCUCCAACUGAAGGUAAAAUUCCAUGUGGUAUUUCUCAAAGCAACCUGAAGUCUGCUGUGAGGAAGAAGAAAACUGGAUAUACACCAAUUAGCCAUACUAGUUUUUCACUAGUCUCUCUUUAUACAUAAUUGAGACUGAGGCCAGAAUAUGCUGUAAAAUUAUUAAACUCUGUUUAAUAGGCCUUUAUGUAACUGAAGUAACACUUGUUGCCAACUUCUUCAUGUUCACAAAAUUUUUGUUACUUUAGCAAACUUCCAGGGUAGAUAAAAUGGAAUUUUGUUUCUAUGAUGAAUGGAUUUCAGACCAGAAAUGAGAAAGUACCCUUCAUCUUUACAUAUGCCAUUGUCUUCAUGGCUUAUCUAAAUGACUAGCAUCAAUACACAUUCAAAACUCUGUGCCUUUCAUUUGGCUUGCUCUGCUAGUGUGGGUUGUACUGAGUACAUGGGGUAGGCCAUGACUGAUACAUGAAUUGUAUCUAUGCUAAUUCCAUUUGCAGUUACCUUUAUCUAAGUCAUGCUGAAAGCUCCAGAAAGAGGCACUUACAAAAUCAGGCAACAUUUUCCUUCCAUAUGCCAGAUAUGCAGUAAAUACACUGCCUAGAUAAUAAAACUUGUUUUGUUACAGUUUCAGUAACACGUAUCUGACAGUUGGGUCUGAGGAGAACUUAAAGUAUGUUUCAUGGGCUGUUGAAUCUGAAUUCUGAUUAUCCUCCAUGGGGUAAAAUUUAGAAGAGGUUUUUGUCCACUUCUGAGCCCUCUUUCAGCACUGAGUUCAUAUUGUCUUUUGGGUAGACAGUGUGGGGACAGUAUCUACAUAUCCUGCAUCAUGACACACAACACCAUUCUACACCUCUGAUUCCCAUGGCAGCUUCUAUUAAUCAUGACUCAAUCAUUUGUACAGAUAGUUGGAAAAUAAAUGUUUUCUGUGAACUACUUAGAAAACAAUGAAAAUGACUACACAAAUCAUGGAAAUAUGUUUAUUUUAGUUUUUCAGUUGUCUGAAAGCUCGUAUAUGAAGGGAUAGUAGGACGGGAGAGGGAUAUGAAAAAGCAGAAAAGAGAAGGCAAAGAAACAUACAGGAAAGCGUUCUUUCCUUUACAUAAAUAGCAGAAUAAAGCCUGACAUGUUUCUUCCAGUGUGAUGAGAAGGUGGUAGCCAUAUGACUAGUACAUAUUUAGGAUGUUUGAAGUGCAAAAUAGCAUCUAAAAAUGCUCAGUAAAUAAAUAGUUCCACUAAUGCAGCUAUUUAUGACUACACAAAAUAGUGCAACUCAUGAAUUUUAGAUGUGUUUAAAAUUUUAACUAAAAGCUUAGAUAUAACUGUCUUCCUCCUGGACUGAUGCUACUUCCAUUAAAGUUAAUAGCAUUUCUGGUUUCCAGAGAAUUGCUAUGAAUUGUACUGACAGUUGGGAACAUUUGCUUCAAUAACUGUAUUGAAACAGCUUAUUGGUACCUAUUGUUACAAUGAUGUGCGAUAGAAUAAUAUUCAUAUUUACUCUGAGUAUUCUCUAACUACAUUUUAAACAUCCAGAUCAGGGUACUGUUGUAAAAGACACUUGUCUUUUAAAAGGAAUUUGGGUGAACAUAUGUUGCCAAUUUCCAAGGUGAAAUCAGUAAUUAGAAAUGGACGUAUUGCUGCUUCAAGUGGGCAGAAUCUUUCCCAGGAACAGUAUGUCCCAAGUUUUACCUUUUAAACACCAUCUCCUAAUGACUGGUCCUUGAGACAUUACAAAGAAUAUAAAUGCUCUUAUCUUUCUUGGAAAGAUAAUGAACAACAAAAAAAAAUUAUGUUCUAACAUUUCAAAUAUAGGAAAAGUCAGUAACAAUUUCUUCCUUUAUAUACUGAUAUAUUCUUGUUCAGAAUUGAAUAUUUAGACUAACAAGGCGUUAUUUUUUUCUUGGUGAAGGCCCUUCUGUGUUCCUAUUUUUCUAUUGUUCAACCAGUCACAAUAGUCUCUAGAAAAUAAUGAAAUCUUGACGAUCAAAACAUCUCAAAUAAGUGGAUUCUGGUGAGUAAAGAGGGAAGCACAACAUACGCGAGAUCUCUACCUUAUUUUAAGGAGGCAUGCGAAGAUAGUCAUGAACUUGGCAGUGGGAAAGGGGACUGAACUGAGAUCUGCAGAAAGUUUAGAGAGUGAUGUAAAGUGAGACAGCACUGAUAAGUACUUUAAAUCCAAUGUAUCCAUGUAUUCAUUUUACACAUAGUUCACAUUUAUGUCCAGACAUAAGGAAUUAAUUGGUUCUAAGAAUAUGCCAGUUUUCUUCUUUGGAAACAGCUUGAGAGAUGCAUCAACUAAAUAGCAAGAAGCUUUUUAUCUGAAUAAGGUAUCACCCUGCAGAGGGAGCCAUUGGGUUAUCAAGCCGAAUAUAACUAUGGUAUUUUUAUUGUUGGACUUUGGCUUUUUUUGUGUUCUUGUUUUGUUUUGUUUUGUUUUUUUGAAUAGCAAACUUGCACAAAUGAUUAUGGUUUUAGUUUUCUGUAGGCUUUGCUACAUUUUGCAGAAGCGCAUCUCUUAAACUGUAUGUCCUUUCUAGGACAAUAAACUCUAAACUCUGUGUC